UUUCACUAUUUUUGAUUCGGCUUUUUUAGUUUUUUCUAGUUGAUCGAUUAUAUUUAAACUGAAAAUUUGGGAACUCUAAGAACUUUUUAUUCUAUUUCUUGUGCAAGUUGAUCUAAAAUUUUGCGAUGGUGUUGUGCAUUGGUAACAAAUCUAUUUUAACUAUUACUAAUGAUCCUCAUAUUGUCAAACGAUAUUAUUUUAGUGAACAAAUAGAGACGAUUGUUCUUAAAUUACCACCAAUAAUUUAUACAAAAACAGCUGGUGAUACCGGAGAAAUUGUUGAUAAUGAUGGUGAAGAUUCUUCAAAAUCUCCUAAUCAGAUGAACCAGGAAAAGAGACAUUUUGUUUUUGGUCAAUUAUCUCAAUCGGAAAAAUAUUUGGCCAUCUGUGAUAAUUUUAAAAAUUUAAUAGUUUAUUGUACUAAGGAAUGGAAAGUUUUGGCUUCUUUUGUCAUCGAAAGAAAAUGUGAUCACGUUAUUUUCAAUGAGAAAGAGGGUAAGUUGAUUGUUUCUAAUCGAUCUGGCUGGAUUUAUGGUUAUCAGCUGGUAGCAAGUGAACUAAAGGACGAUGAAAACGGCGAGACAUUUCUGCUGGGCCACAAUGCAAUAAUAUUAGAUCUCAAAUUAAGUCUGGAUUCAAGGUACUUGGCUUCUUGCGAUCGAGAUGAGAAAAUAAGGAUAUCAAAUUAUCCUAAUUGUUAUAACAUUGAGUCAUAUUGUUUGGGCCACACUCAAUUUGUUUCCUGUCUUGCAUUUAUUAACGAGCAACUGCUGAUAUCGGGAAGUGGUGACGGUACACUUCGUGUAUGGCAAUUCACUCAGGGUAAAGAAUUGAGUGCUUAUAGUUUCGCAAAUGAUAUUAGUGCAAAAGAUGAAAAAGUGGCUCCUUUGGCUAUUCACUCAUCUUCAAUUAACGACCAAAUCAUCGUCACUGUGACCUUUUACAAUUCCUCCAUUUUUGUGACUUACAAGUUUGAUACCAAAUCAAAUUGUCUGGAAAAAAUAACUUCCACUGACGUUAAACAUAACAUUCUUUACUCUUAUACUUUCAAUAACCAACUCGUGUGUUUUAUUGACGACAAGAAUAAUUUUGUUUCAUGUCAGGAGUUUAAAAUAGUCAAUGAAAAAUUAGAAAUAUUGAAAAUCGACUUUAAGAUAAUGGAGACUUUGGCAAUGGAUGAUCAAUUGGUGGAAACUUUUCUCAAUGAAAAACGAACAGCUAAUAAAAUCGAAUGGCUUUACAAAAGCUCCCAUGACCAUCAUAAUGAAUAUUUUGAAAGAAAGAAAGAAAGACAAGAAACCAAGAUGGUCAAGAAGAUCAAAUCAUCUUAAAACAUGGACUUAAUAAAUUCUAAGUCUGAACGUUACUCGUACGUGAUUAAGGAAUCAAAACACAAAAAUACCACCGACUGAAAGAUUUUGGUUAAUCUUUAGUUUUCUCUUUGAUCGAACAAGUUUCUUCAUUUUUAUUUGAAUUUUUCCUUGUAAUCUAACUCAUCAAUCCAUCAUCUUAAUAAACUUGUUUAAAAGUACCAGAUGUUUUUGCAUCCUACGAAUUUUGUCAUUUCCUGGAACCACCAACUUUUUCAUGUUAUUAAUAGUUGAUGUUUGUUACAAGUUGAUAACUAAUGCUGUCAAAAAGAUAUGAGUGUUUAAGAACCAUUCAGAUAAUCAAGUUUGGUUUUGAGAAAACUCAUGUAUCUUUUAUAUUAUAAAUUGUUCUUUAAUCAUGAUGAUCUUUUUGUCGAAACUUGAAUCUUGAAAUAUCAAUAAGAGUAAACAAACGAACAAUAUCCUACAUCUUUGUUUUUUAUCGUUUCUUCAAUAACAAACGUUUAGUACGAUUAUGUGAUUUUGUUAACGCUCUAUUAUUGUAAUUUUGCUCGAAAUAUUGAGUUAAAUAGUAUUAUUGAAGCAUUAAAUGAAUGUCACAACCAAAACAAUCAGAUAAUCUUGCAAUGUUUAAUCAUUAUCCUUAAUCUGGAAAAUUGUUAGACUUCAAAAAAGUAUCAACACAUUAAUCGGUUUCGUAUGAGCGGUUAUGAACGUGAAAAGGGUUUUUUGUUUUUUGAUUAACUUGUUUCAAAUUAACAAAAAAAGGAAAGGUUAGUUGAAGAAAAACCAUAUCUUUUUUCUUCUUUCAUUUGAUGUAAUUUAAUGUGCUGCAGUUGAUCAAAGCUUGAUUAGUGUCAGUGUACAACAAGUAACAAAAGUGACAACUUAAUGUGAACAAUCUGUUUACUUUGGAUAAAUUAUUACUUAUAAGUUGACCUUGGAUUCACCAAAAUCUUUGAACAUAAUUCUGAACAAUUUACUUUCAACAGUUAACCGACUAAAUGGCAAAUCCAACAGAAUCUCAUCAACCCUCA